CAGCUGCUGGAGGAAGCUGACUGCAAGCAAGCUGACCACUUCCUAUCCCUGUAGCUUAGACACCGAUCAAGCCUGUGAUCAGAACUACAAACUGCACAAAACCUCAUGCAUUUUAGGGUGCUUAUCUAUUAUUUUAACUCAUCAGUAAAUACAAUGGGUUUUUUUUCUGCCCAUAUGCAAAGGAGAUACUUACUGGAUUUUUAUACUGAGCACUUGAAUAUUGAAUUUAAAAACUGAACAAGAAUGUAUGUUUCAUCACACCAACCUGGUUUGACAGGCAGACACAAGAAUAAUUGAAGGCUCCACUCAGGUAAAAAAAACUCAUCGCAGUGAUGGAGAGAGAUGGCAACAGAUCAGGGACUCUGGAUCUCAACUGUACCUUCUCAGAAGAAUACAAGUUCACCACCUACACGGUGGUCUUCAGUCUGGUCUUCAUUUUUGGUCUGGUGGGGAACGCCGGGGCGCUGUACGUCUUCUUCAAGCUCUCCGUUAAGAACCGCCUGUCGACCAUCUUCCUCAUCCACCUGAGCGCCUCGGACCUCGUCUUCAUCCUCACCCUGCCUGCACGCGUCGCCUUUUACCUGAGCCAAUCCGGGAAGGCGGAGCUGUCGCCCACGUCGUCCGCGACGCUCCUGUCGCUCGCCUGCCGCUUCUCCGCCUUCUUCUUCUACAUCGGCAUGUACUGCAGCAUCAUGUUCCUGACGGCCCUGAGCGUUUGCCGCUACCUGGUGCUAGCGGGCUACGUGCGCCUGCAGAACCGACAGGCAUGCCGCCGGGCACACAUAGCUUGCGCCGUCAUCUGGGCCGUUAUCCUGGGAGGCAACAUCCUCUACAUCGCCGUCACCUCCGGCUUCAGCAUGCAGACGGCCGGAUGCCUGGAGCCCAGGGGCAAGAGUUCCUGGGGUCUGCUGUACCGGCUCAACUUGUUGGUCCUGGUCAGCUGUUUCGUGCUUCCGCUGGCUGUCGUGCUCGUGUGCUACUCGCUGAUGAUCCGGCAUGUCCUGCGGGCGCACGAGGGCCAGAGGCGACGCGACGUGGCGCUCAUCUGUCUGGUGCUGCUGAUCUUCUGUGUAUGCUUUCUCCCCUACCACGUCCAACGCACGCUGCACCUGCACUACGUGGUGCACGAGAGGCCCACAUGUCAGCUGCUGGACCGGCUGCAGAAGACGGUGGUGGUGACUCUCUGCUUCGCCGCCUUCAACAGCUGCCUGGAUCCCCUCAUCUUCCUCUACGUCGGCCACGGAUUCAUACCGGCGUUGAAAAGGCUAAUAGCUCAGUGUACGCUCCGAAGACAACCUUCCAGUUCUUCACCCGGUGCACAAUCCACAUCCCCACCUACAACCAAUAUACCGCUGGUUGAAUACCCCAUGGAUGCGGAAAACAGGAAUCACGUAUAAUGUCGCAGCUUUUGGCUCUCAAAACAAACAAACAAACAAACACAAAAUGCACCUCCUUGAUGUCACUGGUGGCGCUGAGCAACUGAAAUAUUCAAAGCCUUUGAUUCAGUUUUAAGGAGACAGUGUGCCUUAGAUAUCCCAGGAAGUGGAUGAGGUCAGCCUAAACUGGGAUUACUUCUGAGGAUGUUUGUGUAUACAGUAACAUACAAGCAUGGCGUGAUAUUCAGAAACACUGGAACUUACAUUGUCACGCAGGGCCUUACAGUUAUCCAAAUUGAAUGGUAUCCCGAAUGAAAUGUUAGAUUUCAAGAACAGCAGGAUCUUUUUUCCCAUUGUGUCUGGGUUGAAGUCUUAUAUAAUGUUAUAUGAAUUUACUUAUGUACUUUUGAACACAUUUUUAAAAAAAAUUAAAUUAAUGUUUUUAAGAGGUUACAACUUUAUAUGCAUAAUCCAGUACAUUUUUACGUGAAAAAAAUGUACUUUUAUUCCAUGACACUCUUCAACGUUCUUCCCGUUUUUCCUAAGUGAACCAACUGGAUAAAUGAGGCAGCAAGUUUAAUGUCUGUUUUUACUUUAUGAUUCGGGCGUAUUGUUGUGGCGCUUCUAUAGGCGGCCUAAAUAAGGCUCAGUGAUUUUGAAGUGUGUUUACACUGGUUGACAGAUUUCGUUACAUGCAAAAAAACUCAUUUAUUAACUUUUGAACGCUGAGUCCAAAUAUAUUUUCAGAAUUUCGCUGUCUCCUAUAGUGUGUACCAGUAUACUCACAUAUCGUUAAGGAAAAAAAACGUCCAGGAAAGAGAACGUUGACAGACUACUGCUGGACCCUGAAGAUGGACGAGGCCAAAUAUAGACGACACUCCUGAACAUUUGCGUCUACAUAUUUUAGGCGUAACAGUACUCUAUGAAUUUUACUGAUUGUAAAAUUUGGUGUCGCUUAAAAACCAUGCUUGUUAAAAUCUAAAAACAGAUUCAAAUUCAUCAUAAAGGUCCACCUCAGUAGGACAAAAAAGUUGACAAUUUUCCUGCCCCGUGAU